UCGUAGCAGUGUUUUUUUGGGUAAAAUCGAUUGUCCUAAUACAAUUUCCCGUGCACUCCGUUGCCGGGAACCAUCGGUCUGCGAUGCCACAAGCUCGAAAUUGGAUCGGGACGUCCGGGACGUGCUUUUUGAAACGGGAGGAGAACGAGUGUUUGUUGGGGUCACAGCGACAGCUAGUUACACGGCUUGAAACCGGGACAACCCUCGAACCAAACAACCGAACCCAUCGGCUCGGAUCGGAAGACAUCGGAACCAAAACAGCGACGAGCCUCGCGUUGCGAAGCGAAGAGAAGAGAAGAAAGGACGGCCACGAUACACAAAGUACACACACAAUCGCCAUGGCAACACCACCGACCGACCCUUCCGCGGCACCCGGGAGCGAUGCGGGCCGGCGAGGGCCACCGCAGCCGCAGCCGCCCGGAGACGAAUCCCUGGCCGACGCCUUUGUCCGGGCCUUCGACAAGCAGCGGCCGACGCUGGCGGGCUUUGCCCGGUGUUCGAACCUGGACGAGCUGCGCAUCGUGAGGGACGGCUUCUACCUGGGCAUGGCCAAGGACCUCUGCCCCGAGGAGUACAAGAGGCUGGUGGUGGUGGUGCUGGAGCGGAGGUUCGCGGGCGGUGGUGGUGGCGGCGGCGGUGUGGAUACCGGGAUCGUGGAAGGGGGAAACCACGGAAUGCUGUCCAUGUCCUUUGAAGAAAUGGUGCUGGCGGCCCGGGCGUGCGACGAGGAGGAGGAGGACGACGACGACGAGAACCACGGAGACCACAGCGAGAAACAAAAGAACCAAACCGAAACCGACGCCACCAACGAGCCACCAGAAACAGAACCAGAAGAAGAACCACGGCGGAAGCGGCACGAUCCGGCCACCGCGGCGAGCCCGGCCGCGAAGGAUCCCCCGGACGACCGCCGGCGGAAGCGGUGCUGGAAGGACCUGCUGGAGUCCCUGUUCGCGGUCGCGGAAGCGGUCGGAUCGGAUCUGGCCUCGAUCUGGGGGGGGCUCGAGAACGGCCGGCUCCGCUGGCUGGCGGCCGUGGCCGCGGCCCACCCCCUCAAGGCCGUCCUGAAGGAGGCCCUGGCGCUGGAGGAGGACGCGAGCCAGGGGGAGGCGCUGAUGGUCUGGAUCUACGCCCUCUGCGUCCACCUAUCGGCGAACGUGGACGCCGGACCGGAACCCGGCGAUCCCUCCGGCCUGGCGGGGGCGGUGGAAGACUGGGUGGUGGCCGUGGAGAUGAAGGACCCGGUCCGGCCCCUCGAGGGGUUCCGGUCCGAGCUGUGGGACCCGGCGCGGGACGAGUGGAGGCCCCUCGACGUCGGCGCCCAGGAGGCCGCCGAGAAGGGCGGGGCCGACCUCCUGGAGGCCUGGGGGGCCUGAGGAGGUUGGGUUGGCCGCGGGGGCUUCCGGGAGCGACCGAGGGGGGGCCGGCGAAACCGCGGCGCGUGUGCCGAAACGAACGAACGAACGAACGACCGCAGGCGACGCCCUAAACCACCCUA